GUAGAAUACAAAGUGCUCAGUCUGGCUCGACGCGGCCUGUCGGAUCCUCCGGAGGAAUUAUGGGAGAUAACAGAGCUGCAGAAGCUCAAUCUCUCGCUCAAUGCAUUGCGAUCCGUUCCAUCGUCUGUGGGUUCCCUGCAGAACCUGCUGGUGCUCAAUCUUUGGGGAAACCAGCUGACUAGUUUGCCUCCUGAAAUCGGACGGCUUGGAAACCUGAAGGUGCUUUUUGCAUGUCGUAACCGUCUGAGCGACGUUCCCGAAGAACUGGGUUCAUGCACCAAACUGGAAGUGUUGAGUCUGGCCGGUAACCAGUUAACUAGUCUCCCUGCGUCGCUUUCAGCCCUCGCCGGAUUAAAGAAGCUCAACCUGAGCCACAAUCUCAUCGCUCACAUCCCCGGCUGCGUUUACAGCAUGAAGAGCCUGGUGUUCCUGCAGCUGGCCUGUAAUAGACUGGAAAACAUCGCCGAUCAGAUCCAAGCGCUGGCCGAAUUGAAGAUCCUCAUCGUCGAGGGAAACUGCAUCCCCGCGCUUCCCAAGAUGCUCUGCCGUCUGACCAAGCUGGAGCUCCUCAACGUGGAUUUCAACGACAUCCAGAGCGUGCCGGCGGAGAUGCACCGGCUGAGACGUCUGGAGAAACUGGCCUGCCAUCCGCUGGAUAAAGGUCUGCACAUCAGACACAAUCCUCUGCUGAAACCCAUCAAAGAGGUUCUGGACGGAGACCUGCAGGCGCUCUACAGCUAUCUGAAGGCCACGUGAAGCACUUGAAAUCAGCCCAAGGCUUGCUUACCGUCUCUGAGAGAUG